AUGGCAAACUCUGAGGAAUCAAAAAUUCAAUCGCUAACAAAGAUAUUACAUAUAAUCUGGAUGGGUGGUCCAAUCCCCAAAAAACGAUUAAAUAAUAUUAAUAAAACUGGUCAAGGCGCAUUGACUUUAUAUAUUAUGAACGGAUCAAUACCUAUAUGUAGCAAAUUGAUACCUUCCAAAACUGGAAUCUGUGAUCAGGAUUGAUUAAGAAUAUCUACAAAAAAGUCUUUCGAUAUAGAAAAUCUGAUAGAAGAAGCAUUAAGAAAAUUGAAUUCGAAGUCAGGUAUGAGCAAGUUUUAA